AUUUGUUUUCUUGUUCUUGUUUUUCACAAAUAUAAUACAAUGAACAACAUGUGAAGAAUAAAUAACGAAAGCCGUUUAGGUGGAAGAAAAAACAAAGGAACAUAGUCAGUUAUUUUGGAUAGAUCGGAAAAUAAUUCACCUUCUCCUUGUGAAAGAAAUGGCUGAUAAUAAUUCUUCUCCUGCCAAGAGAACAGGAUCGGUAGCAAACUGUGUCCGAGAACCACCAGCAAGAAAUGGUGUCGGUGUCGGGGACAUUAGUUGUCUUCCAUUAAUAGAUGUACCAGUCAUUGAUUUGUAUCUUCUUGCACCUCCAUCUUCCUGCACACAAGAACUUGAAAAACUCCGAUCUGCUCUCAGCUCAUUUGGCUGUUUUCUGUCGAUAAAUCACGGAAUGACAAGUUCAUUCUUGGACCAAGUGCGUUCAGUCAUCAAGCAAUUCUUCGCACUUCCAACGGAAGAGAAGCAGAAAUAUGCGGUGGGUGUUGACAGCAAAGAUGGUUAUGAUAAACUUGACACUCUUAUUUCAGAAGAUCAACUAGUUCUUGACUGGAUUGAACGAUUAGUUCUUGAACCAAGCGUUGAAGACCAACGACCCAUCAAUAUCUGGCCUCAAAACCCUGCAAAUUUUAGAGCGAUAACUUCUGAGUACACCACAAAGCUGCAGAAGGUAACUGAGGUAGUCUUCAAGGCUAUGGCAAGGUCGUUGAACUUGGAAGAACACUGCUUUUUGGAUAAGUAUGGAGAUCAACCAAGAAUUCGCGCAAGAUUCAACUAUUAUCCUCCAUGUUCGAGGAAUAAUUUAGUUGUUGGCCUGAAACCACAUACAGAUCCAACUGCCAUCACUGUUGUUCUUCAAGACAGAGAAGUAGAAGGCCUUCAAUUCCUGAAAAAUGACCAAUGGUUUAGAGUUCCUAUUAUUCCUGAAGCUCUUCUCAUUAAUAUUGGUGAUCAAGUAGAGAUAAUGAGCAAUGGAUUAUUCAAGACCUUGGUGCACAGGGUGGUGAAAGAUCCAGAAAGGGAGAGGAUUUCUGUAGCUGUAAACUUUUUUCCUGAUCCGGAUAAAGAUCUCGAACCUGUAGAUGGAUUAGUUAACGAGACAAGGCCGAUACGCUACAAGAAGGUGGAAAAUUAUCUAGAUACUUUCGUACAUUAUUUGCAGCAGAAGAAGAGUCUGAUAGAAGCACUGAAAAUAUGAAUUAAUUCGGUACUAAGAACUGCAAGCCUCUGUUAAAUGCCACUGGCUCUUCUUGUUAUGGUUUUUUUUUUUUUAUGUUUUCUGCUCCAAGUGUGUAACAAGGUUUAUUUGGAGAAUGAAAUAAACAAAACUCAAUGCAAAUAAAUGGCUAAAAUUAAAACAUCCUUGGUUCCACUUUACUACCCCUAGUGGACAAGAUCUUGAUAAACUUCAUUCAGCUGUUUUAUGGUUUGUAAA